CCGACUGCUCUCAAUCAAUAGACCUAUUUGUCUUCCUCUCCUUCUGUUGCACUUUGUUUUUCCCCAGUAACCAAAAGUAGUUUAAUUCCUCUCAUUUCAGUGGCUUCAAUUGGUUUUGGUGGUUGUAUCUUCUGGGCCAGCUUUAGAAUCCAUGAACAAUGGAUUCUGGAAUUGAUACACAGACUCAAAAUGGGGCAUCGGAUAACUUAGCUGAUGUUGAGCUUAGAUUAAAUAACGAUGAUGCAAUUCUCGGAACUUCUGUUGGGGAGGUCUCUAAUAUUGGGCAAACUGAGCAAGUGGGUCAAAAUUCUGCAAGCUUGGAGGUUGAAGCAGAUGAACCAUAUGUGGGUCAGGAAUUUGAAUCAGAAGCAGCUGCACAUGCAUUUUACAAUGCAUAUGCACUGAGAGUAGGUUUCAGAACACGUGUAAACGAUCUAUCUCGCUCUAGGGUUGAUGGGUCUGUCAUUGCUCGAACACUGGUAUGUAACAAAGAGGGUUAUCGAGUGGCUGAUAAGCGUGAUAGGAAGAGUGUGAGACCUCGGCCCCCAACUAGGGUUGGUUGCAAGGCAAUGAUUUCAAUGAAGAAACUGAGUAAUGGAAACUGGGUGGUUGCAAAGUUUGUCAAGGAGCACGCCCAUUCCCUGACUCCUGGAAAGAGUGAAAACGGAUUGAAUGAUGAAUCUUCAGAUGAACAGAUAAAAAUCAAAGAAUUAACUCAACAGCUGAUGGUUGAGCGAAAGAGGUCUGCUUCAUAUAGAAAAAUCAUAGACCUCCUAUUUAAUCACAUUGACGACCACACUCAACACCUCUCACAAAAGAUCCUGCGCGUUAAUGACAUUCUCAAAGACAUCGCAUCCUCUGAAGCAAAAGGCCGUCAAAAUCUCCGCUAGUCUCCGACCAAUCAUUUUAAUAAUGUACUGAAAUAGAUGUAAAGGCUUCACAUUUGCUUUGUCACUGGAUUGUUAUGUUACCUUCAAAUUCAGCAUUAAACCUGCGAUGUAAUUCUCAUUGAGAAUCGAUCAAAUGUAUGAGGAUUAGUCGUUGGCUUGUUGCUUAUA